GGACUGUCACCCGACGAGGUCAACGACGACGAAAGCGGCGGCAAGUAGAGUACUUGACAUAUGACAGUUCCAUAACUCUCCCUCGCUCUCUUCCUUCUCCCAAACUCCAAACCAACAACCGCAGCUAUGCCGCAUCCCCACCCUCGCGAAAAACGUCCAACGUUCGCUGCGCGCCGCUCUGCCCGCCAAACCUGGUCUCCCUCCGGUGCUGGCAGCUCCCGCCGCCCCGCACUCGACGCCAGCGCCCUCAGCUCGCUUUCCAUCGCGCACCGAGAGUUCAACACGCAGGCACACGUCUCGCCGCGCGACGGGCGAGUCCACAUCUCGCUCAAUAAGGUCAGCGACGGGCCUUUAUCAACGCUUCUCGGACAGCUCAAUGAGCGGGAGCUGGCGGGCGUGGUCCGGGAGCAGAGGGAGAAGCAGCAGGGCGAUAUUCAGACGGCGCCGCCGAAGCUGAACAUUGUCAUCAUGGUUAUUGGCAGUAGAGGCGACGUGCAGCCGUUCAUUGCUAUCGCGAAGACACUCAAGGAUCAGUGGGGCCAUAGGGUCCGCCUGGCCACCCAUGGCGCGUUCAGGGAGUUUGUCACCGGGCAUGGUGUGGAGUUUUUUGAUGUCGGCGGUGACCCCAGUGAGCUUAUGGCUUUUAUGGUUAAGAAUCCGGGAUUGGUACCGGGAGUCGAGGCGAUAAAACAGGGCGAGAUUGCCAAGCGACGGGAACAGAUGUUCGAGAUGUUCCACGGUUUCUGGCGAGCAUGUGUCGAGCCCUCGGAUAACUACCGACCACGGAUGAGCUCGGAGACAGCGCGGACCGUAUCCACGUUUGAUACCGGCCGCUCGUACGACGAUGAGGACACCGAUGUCGAGCCAUUUAUUGCAGAUGCCAUUAUAGCGAAUCCCCCGAGUUUCGCACAUGUGCAUUGUGCCGAGAAGCUGGGCGUCCCGCUGCAUCUGAUGUUCACGUUUCCGUAUUCACCGACUCAGGAAAUUCCUCAUCCCCUCGCGUUCAUACAGAAUUCGAAUCUGGGGAGCGAGUACACCAAUGCGAUUACAUAUCCGAUGGUGGAGAUGAUGACGUGGCAAGGCUUGGGGGAUCUCGUGAAUCGGUUUAGAAAGAAGACGCUGUGUUUGGAGCCUGUGGCGACGCUGUGGGCGCCGGGCAUGAUCUCGAGGUUGAAGGUGCCGUAUACUUACAUGUGGUCUCCGGCAUUGAUUCCGAAGCCUGCAGACUGGGGCGAUCACAUCGAUAUCACCGGCUUCGUGUUCCUCGACCAGACGAAAGAUUACAAGCCGCCCGACGCACUGCAAAAAUUCCUCGAUGCCGGCGAUCCACCAAUCUACAUCGGCUUCGGAUCCAUCGUUGUUGACGAUCCAGACGCAUUGACAGCCACACUCUUCGAAGCAAUCAAGUCCACUGGCGUGCGCGCACUGGUAUCCAAAGGCUGGGGCGGGCUCGGUGCUGAGGAUGUGCCCGAGAAUGUGCACAUGCUGGAGAACACUCCUCACGACUGGCUGUUUGCGCAUGUAUCGGCCGUGGUGCAUCACGGCGGUGCGGGAACGACGGCAAUAGGACUGUUCCAUGGCAAGCCGACGAUGGUGGUGCCGUUCUUUGGCGACCAGCAGUUCUGGGGCGCGAUGAUUCACAAAGCCGGUGCGGGACCGGAACCAGUGCCGCACAAGGAACUCACGGCGGAGAAUCUGGCAGAGGGUAUCAAGACUUUGCUGAGUGAGGAGUGUCAGAAGGCUGCCCAGGGGAUCUCGAAGACCAUCAAGGAGGACGAUGGUGAUGGUGCCGAGAACGCGGUCAGGAGCUUCUAUAAGGGGCUUGAUGAGUUGGAUUCGAAGGGGAAGCGCGGACUGGGAGAGAGGGGGAAGGAGUAUGGCGAAGGCGGGCCGAUGGGACCAGGUGAGGGCAAGUGGGGGACUGGUGGACCGGGGAUUAGGUGUGAUAUCCUGCAAGAAAAAGUAUCCGUUUGGAGGGUUAAGCACACAAAGAUGAGGCUGAGCACGCUUGCUGCGAGUUGGUUGGUCGAAGAGGGAUUGUUGCAAUGGAAAGAUCUGAGAUUACUGAGACAUACGGAAUGGAACGAUUUCGAUGGACCAGGUGAACCACUCUCCGGUGGCUUCUCGGCCUUCUUUGGAUCCCUCGCAGGCGUGGCAAAAGGCGUAAUUGGCGUUCCAAAAACCUUCAUUAAAGGCGCCAAACGCAUCGACGACGAAGUCGACAUCAAAGAAGAACUCCGUCCCGCCACCACACGCCGACGUUUCCGUGACCGUUUCCGCAAGCACAAGUCCCACGACGACGACUGGGCAACCACGCGAUCCUCGUCCCCCGAUCCCGACCACCCCGGCCACAAAAAACAUCACAAACGCAGCAUCCCCCGCGAUGUCGCCCACGGCAUCAAAAAGUCCGGCGGAAAGAUCGUGCGCUCCUCCGUGCGCGCGCCGCUCGACGUCUCCCUCGCCGUAGCCCAAGGCUUCCACAACGCCCCGCGCCUCUACGGCGACGAAGUCCGGCGCCCCAUGCGCAUUACCGGCUUCCACUCCGGCAUGCGUGCGGCCGGCAAGGAGCUCGCCCUCGGCAUCUACGACGGCUUCACCGGCCUCGUAACGCAGCCCUACCACGGCGCGAAGGAGGAGGGCGUCAAAGGCGCGCUCAAGGGUGCGGGCAAGGGCGUUGGCGGCCUGGUAUUCAAAACGCAAGCCGGCUUCGCGGGCGUCAUCGGCUUCUCUCUCAAGGGCAUCCACCGCGAGGUGCGCAAAGGCCACGACCGCAAAGUCCUCGAGCGGAUCAUGCGCGCGCGCCGUCUGCAGGGCUCGCGCGAGCUCGCCACAUUCCGGCGCGAGGCCGGCGCCGAGGCGGAAGAGGUCAUGGUCGCCCGCAUGCGCCAGGGCUGGCAGAAGGUCCUGGAGGAGCGUCGCCGGAAUACGGAGCGCGAAACGACGCUGGGACGCGAACUGGCGGAGUUCAAGGCGAGACGCAGGGACAGGAAGCAGAAAUCUACACCCGCUGCUCUGCCAUCCGAGAAUGAGGCGGCCAAGGAACACGGAGUUAAGGACUGUGAUUUUGGCGUCGUCGAGGGCGAUCAGUGCGCCCGCCUGCCGAGGCGGAAACUGGAUGAGAUUGCGGAGGAGAGAGGUGGGACGCCGGCGAACAGCAUGCCGCAGCAGCAGCAGCAGGCAAUCAAUGGCAGCUCAUCGAAGGCGGAGGAGGUGAAUGCAGAUGCAGAGGGCGCGAAUGGGGCGGCGAAUUCCAGAGCGGUUGCGGAGAGGAGCUUUACGACUUGAUUUACCUACCUAGGCGUUUUGUGCGAUGAUUUGAUACCUACCUGCCUACAUUGGCUGAUGCGCUUUCUUGCUUUCUUGCUUUCUUGC